AACCAUUGACAAAAAAACGUACGAGACGAGCGGCUCUCUGCACGGCUGAAGGGUCAGAGAGCAGCAGUCGAAGUCCUUGAUCGAAUCCUUGCCAACUCUUUGGCUCUGGGUUCCAUACCCUGAGGAUUGCGCAUCCCUCUUUUUCUCGUGAUAGGUAUAGACGGCGCCCGCCGUGCAGUUCUUAGCAUGCCUGGUCAUUUUUCGGACGCGUUCACCCUUUUCCAAACCACCUCUGUUUACUUCGGCAACAAGAGUGGGCGUGCCCUGGUCAAUGUGGUCCAAACGGUCACGCCUCCUUUGUGGGAGCAGUUCUCAGGUUUUCAAAAAUGGGUCUUAUUUUUAAUAAUUUGCAAGCAAUCAUCGCAGUGAUGUUUCGCACUAAACAAAUGAUCAAGCAGCGGAUCGUGCAAGCCAUUGAGCCGUAUGGUAAACGAAGCAAACAUGAGCCAUGUUUCACAGAGGUUUCGCUGCUAGACAAGCUUCAAUUUUACUCUAUUGGCAUUUUUUGGGCUCUGGUGACCUUGAUGAAGAUCAUCAUUUGUUGGCUGUGGAAUCCCAAGAAGCACUUCGGCAACAAGAAAAGAGACAAACCGGCACCCACCUGCCUCACCGAUUCUUCUCUUGGCACUCAUUCUUACAUAAAACUGAAGGGUGUUAAAUUUCAUUACGUUGAAGCUGGUAAUGCAGAAAGUCCCCUGAUGAUCUGCUUGCACGGAUUUUUAGAUUGCUGGAUAGGCUGGAGGUUUCAGAUGCUGACUAUGGCACAGCAUUUUAGGGUCGUGGCUGUAGAUCUGAAAGGUUUUGGUGAUUCUGAAAAACCUCAGCGCCCAGGAAUGUACAAGGUAGAGCAGAUUGUCAAAGAGCUUGCUGAAUUCACCAAAGCAAUAGCGGGUGAAAAUAAAAAAUGCGUCCUUGUUGGUCAUGACAUGGGAGCACUUGUUGGAUGGUUUUUUGUCUACUCCAAUCCUGACUUGGUGGCUCGGUUUGUUAGCAUAUCUUGCCCACACCCAAAUAUCUACUGGGAAGAAUUGCUACAUUCUGCGUCUUUGAACAAAAAAAUGGUGCAGCAGUUUCAAGUGCCAGAUGUCAUGGAAAACAUGCUCAUGAUGAAUGACCUUGCUUUCAUCGACACUUUUCAUGCUCACGUACUUGCCCACCCAAAUUCCGAAAUGGUUUCCAGAGAAACGUAUAAAUUUGUCUUCUCCAGAAAAGUGGACUGGACGGGUGCUUUAAAUUACUUCCGCACAUUUUGGAAAGCCAGAGUUCGUUCUGAUCUCGUUGGAUCCUUGGACAUUCCACUUCUAUUGAUAGUUGGUGAUAAAGACCAGUCAUUCUCAAUGGAAACAGCUAUCAAGUCAACUGAACUGGAAGAUAAGCUAAUUGUCAGAGUAGUUGGAGGUGCGGGUCAUGCUCCCCAUCAAGAGGCUGUUCAUCAUGUCAACAAACUUUUGCUCACUUUUCUAGCAGUCAAUCCAAAUGGAAUUAGCUACUCACUUGUGCCUCAGAAAAUCCCACAGAACCAACAAAAUGGAUUGGUGAACCGAAUGUUUGGUGCCAUCAGCUCUACUUACACAUAUGGCAACCAGAUGCUUGAAAAUGUUACCAGGAAAAGUGAUCCGUUAGCUCUUCCUUAUCGCAAUAGAGGCUGUACCUCUCCUCUCGCUCCUCGGUAAUAUUUUUACAUUUAAGUCGGCGUGCGUCAGAAAGCUGCAAAUAAGUCGUUCCAUUGCAUGUGAUUUUUAAGUCAGAAAAAUUUAUUUUUGUAAAAUUUUCAUUUUUAUUAUGCAUUUUACAAUGCUUUUACAAUGUGCUGUUGAAUCUCAAGAAAGAGAAAAUUAUAAAUAUCCUGUUCCUGUGUAUUUUUGAGAAUAAAGAAGAUUAUGCAAAUAUUGUAAAUUUAA